AUGGUGUGCCUCACCACCCCCUACAAGUUGGCUCCUGAUUUAAUGACCUCUGCAGAAGUUGCAAAUAAGUUACCAAAGGACUUCAUAUGGGGAUUCACUACUGCGAGUUUCCAGAUCGAAGGAUCCACCAAUGUUGAUGGACGCGGAAAGUCUAUCUGGGACGACUUCUCCAAACAACCUAAAAAGACAAUGGACGGCCGAGACGGAGAUGUGGCAGCUGAUUCAUACAGGCUCUGGAAGGAGGACAUUGCUCUACUUGCCCACUAUGGCGUCAAGUCUUAUCGCUUUUCCUUAUCCUGGUCUCGCAUCAUCCCGCUUGGUGGCCGCAACGACCCCGUCAAUCCAAGGACUUUAUACCACUGGGACCUUCCCCAGGCCCUGCAUGACAGAUAUGGCGGGUGGUUGAACAAGAAUGAGAUCGUUCAGGACUAUGUCCACUAUGCUAAGGUCUGCUUCCAGGCUUUAGGAGACAGAGUCAAGCACUGGCUCACAGUGAACGAGCCAUGGUGCGUCUCAAUUCUGGGGUAUGGAAAGGGCAUCUUCGCGCCAGGACGAUCAAGCGACCGAGAAAGAUCACCCGAAGGCGACUCCUCCACCGAACCGUGGAUAGUUGGCCACAACGUCAUUUUAUCGCACGCAUACGCAGUCAGACUUUAUCGCAAGGAGUUCAAGGCCGUGCAGGGUGGCCAGAUUGGAAUCACACUCAAUGGUGACUGGACCAUGCCAUACGAUGACAGUCCACAGAAUGUGGAAGCGGCACAGCACGCCAUUGAUGUAGUUAUUGGAUGGUUCGCUGAUCCAGUCUAUCUCGGUCAUUACCCGGAAUACAUGAAACAGAUGCUCCGGCAGCGUCUGCCGGAGUUUACACCGGAGGAAUUGAAGGUCGUCAAAGGAUCCUCUGAUUUCUAUGGCAUGAACACCUACACCACCUACUUCUGCAGAAGCGGUGGCGAUGACGAAUUCCAAGGAUUCGCCGAGUAUACUUUCAUCCGUCCUGACGGUACUCAAUUAGGUACCCAAGCGCACUGUGCCUGGUUGCAGGACUACCCCGAAGGAUUUCGCGAUUUGCUUAAUUACAUUUGGAAGAGAUAUAAGCUACCCAUCUACGUCACCCAGAAUGGAUUCGCUGUCAAAGAUGAGAGUUCGAAGUCGAUUGAGGAGGCAUUGCAGGACACCGACCGUGUGAACUACUUCAAGGGUAACACCGCUUCUCUCAAGGCUGCUGUGCUUGAGGAUGGUGUCGAUGUCAGAGCCUAUUUCCCGUGGAGCUUCCUGGAUAACUUUGAGUGGGCGGAUGGAUACAUCACACGAUUUGGCGUAACAUACGUCGAUUAUGAGACCCAACAGCGAUAUCCCAAAGAGUCUGCGAAAUUCCUUGUUAAGUGGUUUGGAGAUAACGUCGACGCGGGCGACAGAUAGAAGAACUCUGUUGCUUUCGCCCGAGCAUUGUUGGAGGACUGGCGUGUAAUCGAUUGUACCUAUUAGUUAGUGGAGGUAUCUCAGGGGAAUUUAACUCGCUGCUCUUGCUUUAUGUAUCUAUUUGCCAGUUGUUUAGUAUUUUACAUAGCGUGAC